AUGCUUGACGCGUCUGCGAUCAACAGUUCCAUGCACCACGCCGUGGGGAAUGGUGUGGUGACGGCUUUUCUUCUUGACGAGAAUGGUGUGCUGCUUUCCUCCGCGUCCGCCGACCCGGAGUACGUCCACACGAGGGAACGAUCCAUGAUUCUUGCUGCGAUAGGAAAUGUGUGGCGCGCCUGCGCCCGUAAUGACUUGGCUAAAAAUAAGAUUACGAAUGAAGUGGAACCCGAGGCACUGGAGCAGGUUCUGAUGGAUUUCAGCAGCAAGAAGUUAUGCGCCAUGUCUGUUGGCGGGACGGCGAUACUUUGCUUGGUGAGUAGCGGUCUAGAGAUGGGCCUCCUCAAAUUAAAAACGGCAGCACUCCAGAGACGACUGGAUGAGUAUUUGCGUCCCGUCCUUAUGGUAUCCUCCAGUUGA